AUGAAAAUAUCAGAUGAUGAAAAAAAUGAAGCAAAUCAAACUGAAAAGCGAAAGUCUUCUGGAAAUGAAAAAGAACAUGAGCAACGCCGUCAACGUUUGGAACAGAAAGCGGAGGAAUACAAAGCUGAAAUUAAAAGGAAGGAGCGUCUUUUUAAGAUUUGUUUUUUUAUUCUAUUUGGGUUCAUCCUGUGGGUCCACUCCUGAAGUUUUAGAUUACCCAGGAUAUCAAGGCUUUGAAAGUCAAAGGCCCCUUCUAUAGUAAUGG